ACUGGGUCCUUUAGGUGAAAAUGAAUUCCAGACAGAAGACUUCAGUUUGUUAGAAAGAAUAACAUACAGUACCUCAGCAGAGAAGAUUAAAGCAGUUGUCAAAGAGAUGGGAGUCAAUACUAAAAGUGGCAGUGAUUUGAUUAUGAAAAUAGAUGCGCUACUGUCGUCUUUGCCUAAAACAGAGAUGAGACAAGAUGCUAAAUUACUUAGAGAACAGCACAGUGUAGUAAAAUUUGAACCCCAAGAGAAUGAACCAUUCUAUGAUGUUAUUGCUAUUGUUGAUCCAUUGACAAGAGAAGCACAGAAGAUGGCUCAUUUAUUGAUUGUACUGAAAGACAUUGUCAAUGUGAAACUCAGGUUGUUUUUGAGCUGCAGAUCUAAGCUGUCAGAAGUGCCACUGACAAGCUUCUAUCGUUUUGUUCUGGAACCAGAAAUAAUCUACGGGAUCAACAAACACCUUCCUUCUGAACCUGUGGCAAAAUUCCUAGAAUUGCCAGAAUCACCCCUUUUGACUUUAAACAUGAUCACUCCUGAAAGCUGGUUGGUUGAAGCAGUGAACAGUUCCUGUGAUCUUGAUAACAUUCAUUUGCAGGAUAUAAAAGGAACUGUUGUAACAGAAUAUGAGCUGGAAUACAUAUUGCUUGAAGGACAUUGCUUUGAUGUGUCAACUGGACAACCUCCUCGAGGGCUACAGUUCACUCUGGGCACAAAGAAUAAUCCUGUCAUGGUUGAUACUAUUGUGAUGGCCAACUUGGGGUAUUUUCAGCUGAAAGCAAAUCCAGGUGCUUGGACACUGAGAUUGCGUAAAGGAAGAUCUGAAGACAUUUAUCGGGUUUUUUCCCAUGAAGGAACAGAUUCUGUAGCUGACCGGGCAGAUGUUAUUGUGGUUUUAAACAACUUCAGAAGCAAAAUAAUCAAAGUCCAAGUACAGAAAAAGCCUGAUAAAAUGAAUGAAGAUCUCCUUAGUGAUGGAACAACAGAAAAAGGAAAUUUGGAAUCAGUUACAAGGUUUUCAGAAAUUUCACCAGAAGAGAAGGAAAAUAGAAGUGAUGUACUUAACAUUUUUUCAGUCGCUUCAGGCCAUCUAUAUGAACGUUUUUUAAGGUAAGUAAAAGUUCAUCCU